AUGGCUCGCGGCUUCAAAUCCCCUGCUGCUCAAGUACCACUGCCUAAAGUGUCAUUUAUUAUCGUCCAGGAUGAUGAUAUCAACCAACCUGCUGGAGUGCACGACCUACAAGCUAGAUCUUAUGGAUACAACGACUUCACUGAAUUCCUGAGACCGGAUCAUUACAUUCGGUACAUCGAGCCCCUUGAGAAAGACCUUGCCAUUCAGGUAGAAUAUGACAUGGACGACCAAGCAGAUCAGGAAUGGCUUGACGCAGCGAACGUUGAAAGGAAGAAGGAUCAACUGAAUGCGGUCACGUACGAGACGUUUGAGAUUAUCAUGGAUCGCCUGGAGAAAGAGUACUUUGAUUUGACCAAGAAUAUACCCAAAUCUGAUUAUGCGAUGCCUUCUGAAGAUUCGACUUGCGCCAUUUGUGACGAUUCCGAGGGAGAAAACAGUAAUGCUAUCGUAUUUUGUGACGGCUGUAACCUCGCUGUUCAUCAGGACUGCUAUGGAGUCCCGUACAUACCUGAAGGCCAGUGGUUAUGUCGCAAGUGCACCGUCUCCCCUGAGAAUCUAGUGUCAUGCAUACUUUGCCCCAACGAGGGAGGAGCGUUCAAACAAACAGUAUUUGGUGACUGGGCCCAUCUUCUGUGUGCUAUUUGGAUACCCGAGACGCGGGUGGCAAAUGAGGUAUUCAUGGAACCUAUCACUGGAUCUGACAAAAUUCCGAAGCAACGCUGGAAAUUAAAAUGCUCAAUAUGUGGCAUUCGCCAGGGUGCAUGCAUCCAAUGUACAAAGAACUCAUGCUUCCUGGCCUUCCACACAACCUGCGCUCGCAAGGAAAGGUUACUCAUGCCAAUGAAGAGCUCGCAGGGAUCUGAGCCUGGUACGCUGGCAUGCUAUUGCGAGAAGCAUCUUCCUAAAGAGCAGCAAGACGCUCGCCUGAAAGCUCUUGCACAAGACGGCCAGAUGACUAGCCCCAGUUCCAAGCUGUCCAAAUCUGCUCGUGCAUAUGCCAAAACUUACAAGACCGGCCCACCGCUCGUGCCACACAUCAUUGUUGAACGCAUUCUGAAUUAUAUCACUAAGGUGAAUGUGCGCAAGAAAAAUGAAUUUGUAUAUAUGGUUUGUAAAUAUUGGAGCUUGAAGCGUGAAGCGAGGCGGGGUGCGCCGCUGUUGAAGAGACUGCAUCUCGAACCAUGGACAGCGUCAAACUCGGGGAAAGUACAGACCGAAGAAGAAAAGACUAUGAAACUAGAGUACUUGAAAAAUUUGCGCAGAGAUCUGGAGUCUGUUCGUGAAUUGACGCUACAAACUCGCAGACGGGAGAGCCGGAAGCUUGCACAGACUGAGAGCAUCCAGAAAGUGCUCGAGAUUGCACUUUUUCCUCACGAGGCACUACUCCGGCUUGCGUUUGAGAAGGUUCUUGCUCUUGACCGUCACAGUCUCUUCAAGCAUCCGGUGUCAAGGACGGAGGUCCCCGACUACUAUGAUGUCGUGAAAACGCCCAUGACCUGGGAUGCGAUCGAUGGGAAGCUUGAUCGUCACGAUUACUGGGACCUAGAGGGUUUCAAGAGUGACAUCGAGUUGGUACUGUCUAAUGCAAUCCUUUACAACAAGCCUGGCACAUCUUUCUACAAGAGCGCACAAAGAAUACAAAUAAGCAGUCAACCCAUCCUUCAGGAACUCAAUUCCCUUGCUUACAAUCACUCACCCCUUACUCCCCCUGAUCCUUCCGACUCCUCCGUUCUCUCCCAGGUGUCAAUCGGAGACCUAGAACCUUUGAUGGAAACACUCCAGCUACUGACGUCGACUCAAGACAUUCAAGAUAACACUAAUCUUCUUAUUCAUACCGAUCCCAUCUCAUCACUAUUCAGCUUCGAACUUCCACUCGUGAAGCCCCCACCGCCUCCUGCCCCAGCUCCAUCUCCUCCGCCGCCUCCGAAGUCCAAGGUAUCCAAAAAGAAGCGCACCCCCAAAACUGUUGAACCUGGUCCUCUGGACACCUCCCCAGGCUUCCGUGCCCCACGAACUCGCCGAGCUCAUGCGGCAGCCGCAGCUUUCGAGGCUGAGGCUGGCUUUGAACCCGAACCUCAAUCCACUGCCGAACCUGAGCUGGGAGUAAUCGAGGGUGAUCAGAAAGUAGCUUCUGAACCACCAAAGAAACGACGCCGGCAGAGUGCAAUGCCCGGGCAAGCAGAAACGCCACCCAUGGUCACAGAUGUAGACAGUCAGGGAUUAUUCAAAAUGUUUGAUGCCGGAUGGAUUUUACCGUCGGGACAACGGAGGGGCGGACGUCAGCCCGUGGAGAGGGCUCCACUUCCACCAAAGAAAAAGAAGAUGGGAAGAACCGGAGAGGCAACUACUACCAGAAUCCGAACCUCAACCGGAAAUUCAACCGGAGAGGCAACUACCACCCGAACCUCAACCGGAAAACCCGAACCUCAACCGGAAGUUCAACCGCAGGUAAUAAUCCAGCCGAAGGUCACAGAGUUAGAAAAGGACAGGGAGGAGACACGAUCAGAGUUAGAAGCACGGAUAGCCAAGAUCCCCGUACGACCAAACACGAAGAUCAAUGUCGAAAACGGGAAAAUUGUCGUGGAGGAGUUAGACACGCCCAAACUUCGGCGGGAAAAAGCAAGGCAACGGAAAGCAGAAAAGGCGGCUGUGGCGGCAGCUGCAGCUGCCCAAGGCCUUCCGCAAGCCAACGCUGAGAUCCCGAAAACCAACGUCGCGACCACUCAAGAUGACGUUUCCGAUUUAUCUUCUCUGAGCGAGCUGGACAGUGAUACUGAUGAGAAGCCUGUGACACGGGGCGAGGCGACUACAUCCAAUACGAUACCCGACGUAAAGCUCGUCGGAACGCGUCAACUGCAACGCGCGCCAGCCAAUCUCGUUACCACAGGGAAAGCGCUUGUUGUCCUUGAACCGGGAAAACAGUUAGAGUAUACGUAUCCAUGGUGGCCUGCAGUCGUUUGGGAACCAGAUGACCCAUCGAUUCCAGAAGACGUUAGGAAGAAGAAACCUCAAGAUAAUUCUCGUCACAUUGUACAAUUUUAUGACCCUACAAGCUCAUGGUACAUACCCGAAAAUGAACACGUUGUGCGUGUGUCACUGCUGAUUCUCUCAUUAGCGGUCGAUGCAUCUCUACUUUCGCCAACUUCGGUGGUCCAAAAGUGGAAAACACCCAGGAUUAAGAAACAAUGCCGGGAAGCUUUCCAGCGCGCCCUGGCAGAGAUGGAAACGGAUGCAGAUUUACUUGCUCAUGAAACGGAGGAUGUUGCGACUGAGGUCACAAGCGCUGGUUCUAUGAAAGAGCAAGGUUCUACUGAUGUUCAUAUGGCUAUGCCAGUCGAGCAAUCCGCUUCAUGA